AUGUGCUGCCGAGGUUUCACCGGCCUAACGUGUGAGCAGCCUGGAAACAUCACAGAGGAGGAGGCCGACAUACAGCCCAUCAUCUUGGACGACCCGAACACCGGGGACCCUGAGGACUUCUGGCUGCAUCCCUGCGCGCGCUCUUGGCAGAUGUGGGGGGACAAGCCGCCGGUGGAUCCACAGGUUUUCGCUCAGAUGCCGCCUGAGUCUGCCGAUGAUUUCGUUCCUUCCCCGAUGAUGAUCGUGGAAGGUCAGUUCGUGUGCCCUCCGGGUUACAUGCUGGGGGACGGGCCGCUCUUUGAGAGCGACAUCGAGUCAAUGGAGGUCGGAGAUUGCGAGAUCAAGUGCAAGAACAACGAUGACUGCCACUUCUUCUGGCAUGGCACCCAGCAUUCCGCGAACACCUGUCGGUUGUACUCCCAGUGCGAGAACUUGCUGCGUGAGCCGGGCGUGGAGGGCAUCCUCAAGGCCGUGCCUCGGACGCCCGUCUGCCUCGUGAGCAACCCGGAGAUGUGCUGGACGAAGUCGUUGCGACGCUACGCUCUGACCACAGUGGUGCCGCAGAACUACCUGUAUUGGGAUCUGCAUGCCCAGUGUGACUACAUGCUCUUGCUAGGAGGAUGGGGGGUCAGUGGAUGCACGCGGCCAUCGCAUCGGACACUCCACAGCCACCGCUGGAAGCACAAGAGGCUUCUCCCAGAGGAGUUCGCGCAUGGCAGAAAGCUGAAGGCCACCUGCUGGCAAGAGCGCUACAAGAGCAUUCGCCUGGGAGUCCGUGGGGAUGAGGUGGCUACCUGCGUGAGCGGCACCUGGAUCAGCUCGAGCAACCUCCCUGGCUUCGGCGACUUCUUCUGUGCCGCGUGUGUGCAGGUUGGCACCAGUGGCUUCGGAGAUGUGGAGACGAAGCGGCAGCAGGAGCUCUACUACUUCAACAAGCUCGCGCUGCAGUUGCACAGCGAGGUGAACCCCAUCGCCGAUGCCAAGGUGAACUGCAUGGAGCCGGUCCGCCCGGCCGGAGGGGUGGAGACCUCGCUCCCGGAGGACUUGGUGAAGGUGCGGACCUUCGACUUGAAAGGGCACGACUUCACGGUCGUGGACAACGUCGUUGGUCAGAGCGCGCUCUGGGGCAACGAUCAGGCCUCGAGGGAGAAGUAUGCUUUCCAGAGCCUGCCGGAAGCCUUGGUGGCUUGCGUGGACGACCCGAACUGCUGGAUGGUCUCGCGGACCGAAGGCACACAGGUGGGUGAGGCACUGCGCAGGUUUGACAUGCGCAAGGGGAACUUGGUCCAGUUCGCUGGGGGAAAGACGUGGAUGAAGUCCACGGUGCAUCCCUGCAUCGGCAACUGCGCUGCGUUGCGGCCGGUGAAAUGUGGCCCCGGCGUGGGGAAAUGUAGCCGCGCCCUGGUCGAUGGUCGCAAGGACGGGUGGCUGUGGACCCAAUCUCCUCAAUCGGGCAGCCACCACUGCCACCAGAUGAAGUGGGUGCAGGUCGAUCUCGGAGCAAUCAAGGAGUUUGACCAGGUGAAGCUGUACGGCUAUCCAGAUGGGUGGCGCAAGUAUUGCGGCCACAAGAUCCAGGUGUCCAACAACGAGAACAGCUGGAAGACCAUCUACGAGAAUCACCAUUGGAAGAACAAGGAGACGGGGAAAGGCAUCACCUUCAACUUGGGUGCGCAGGUUGGCCGCUAUGUUCGCGUCUUUUCGAGCAAGAGCACCGCCAAUAACGGCAUCCACUUCCUGGAGCUCGAGAUCUUCAGGGCAGCGGUGCCACAGCCGAAGACACCGGGGUCUCAGAAGAUCACGAGCAGCCACGUCAAAGCACUGAAGCGAAAGGCGAGAAAGAACCUGAUCCUCCAGGACGGGCUGCAGUGCUCGUACUUCUACCACCAGAACCACUGCAACGUCCCCGACCUUGGCAAACUGACAGCAGAGCAUCACGUGAUCGUCCCGCAGGUCUUUAUGGAGAACGGGCGGUUUCCGGGCAUUCGGCAGACCAACCACUUCUGCGUGAGGUGCAGCGGCUACUUGAUCAUCAAGAAACGGGGCAACUAUUGGUUCUCGACUGCCUCAGACGAUGGCUCCUUGCUGUACUUGGACGGGCACCGGAUCGUCGACAACAACGGUUGCCAUGGGGAGAGAGAGCGCGGGAGUUCCUGGAAGCGGCUCAGCCCGGGCCGGCACAAGCUGGUGGUGGACAUGUGCGAGGUGGGCGGUGGCGAGGCCCUGAAGCUGCGAUACAAGGGGCCGGAUACGGGGAACCACAAGAUCACGGUGCCAAGAUCCGUGCUCAAGUACCAGAAGACGGCCGCGGAAGUUGAGCUGAAGGAUGGGGCAGAGUGCGACUACUUCUAUGGCCAGCGCCACUGCUACGUCCCCAACCUGGACCAUCUGAGCCCGUCCCACAGCGUGACCGUGCCAGACAUCUACAUGGCACACGGGAGGUUCCCGGGAAUCAAGCAAGGUGACCACUUCUGCAUGAGGUGCACUGCCCAAGUGUCCAUCCAGAAGGAAGGCAACUACAAGUUCACGACUGCAUCAGACGAUGGCUCCUUCAUGUACUUGAAUGGCCACCGCAUCGUGGACAACAACGGCUGCCAUGGUGAACGGGAGAGGACGAGCGGCAACCAGUGGCUGACCCAAGGGCACCACCUGAUCGGAGUCGACAUGUGCGAGAAUGCGGGCGGCGAGAACAUGAAGCUGCGCUACCAGGGCCCGGACUCCAACAACCACAAGGUCAAGGUGCCCAGCUCGGCCUUGAGGCAUGACAAGGCAGGUCUGGAGUGUUCGUACUUCUACAGCCAGUCGCAUUGCUGGGUCCCGAACCUCGGCAGGCUGCACGCGUCCCACACCGUGGCAGUGUCGGAGGUUUGGAUGGAGCAUGGCCGCUUUCCUGGAAUACGGCACAGCGACCACUUCUGCAUGAGGUGCAGUGGCUACCUCGUCAUCAAGAAGCGCGGGCACUAUCACUUCACGACCGCCUCCGACGACGGCUCACUGCUGUACAUCAACGGCCACAAGAUCGUCGACAACAACGGCUGCCACGGAGAGAGGGAGCAUGGCAGUCACUGGAUCUGGCUCAACGCCGGCAAGCACACGCUGGUGCUGGACAUGUGCGAGGUGGGUGGCGGUGAGGUCUUGAAGCUCCGAUACCAGGGCCCAGAUACAGGGAACCGCAAGAUCACGAUACCCAAGUCCGCGCUGCUCAAGCCUGGAAAGGCCGCUAGCAACGCGCGGGUGGAGGGCAUGGACACGGUGACCGCAGACUUCCGGGAGUUCGGCACGCUGAAGAGCGGCAGCCGCGUGGCAGAGCUGGGCCUACCUCUUGGUACUUUAAGGCGUCUCACAAAACACCGCGCGGGUGUGGCUUUUUAA